CAAUUUCAGUUUGCCUUUGGCCAACGGCAUCGAAAGAACCUCCCGAGCGUCUUGGAGCGGAAAAUUCGAGAAAAUCACAGCGCGCGAGUGCCAGAAAAUAUUUGAAAAAUCUGCCAACGAAAGGGAAAUAAAUCAAAGAAAAGGAAUUAUAGUGCGAAUCAUGUGGGGAAUCCUAUUGCCACUGGCGGCCCUAUUGGCCCUCGUUUCAAAUGGCGCAGCCAUCAGGUGUUAUGUUUGCGAUUCCAGUGAUAAUCCCAGCUGCGCCGAUCUGGGCUCAAAUUCCAGCAUAGUGGCGGAGGAGUGCACUUUGGACAAAAUGAAAUCGCUGGACACCUGGCUAUUUGACUUGAAUAAGUUCUCAUAUUUCGAUAAUGGCGCCAACAAAAGUCCGCUCAUGAAUUGCCAAAAAGUUGUGGCCAAAGAUCCUGAUACAAGAAAAGUGGUGACGGCGCGCUUCUGCCAACUGGACACCGGCGACUCGGAUGCCUGUGAGAUCCUGCGUACCAAGCUGCGCAUCCCGAGCCCCGAGGAGCGGGAGCAGCGGAAUCGCAACCAGAACAAGCGAAGGAAGGGGCACGGCCAGGAUGCGGAGGAGGACGACGAAAUCUCCGCGGAGGAUGCGUUCUUUUGCGGCAUCUGUAAAUCGCAUCGCUGCAAUGGUGCGGCGGCCGUAACGCUUUCCCUGGCUACGAUUCUGGCCAUGAUUGCGCUCCAAUUGGGCUGCUAAGGCUAAGUUGGAUGGUGUGUACGGGAUAUGGACGGAUAACCGUGGAAAGAGUGGUGGCAUGAUGGUUGCAUUUAGGUUGAGUUACCCUUAGCGUUACCCUCGCCGAUCCGAUUACUUUGUAAAUAUUUGAGUGCAAUAUCGCUGAUUCGUACAGGUGCUUCAAUGCCACUCACUUCUGAAACCCAUUUAACCCCCUACUCCCUUAACCCUAGAAAUGUAAGCACAGCACACACACGAUACACCGAAACACCGA